AUGUCCUCGUCGGAUAGAUUCAAAGAGUCCCCUUUUUCCAAGGGUGACUCCCAAUUACCGGAUUUGCAAAGCGUCGAUAUGCAAGAUGCUGAGGUUGAGGACCAAAAUGAGGUCUUCAAGAGGGGCGAUGGUCAGGUUGACUUCCGCACCGUGAGCUGGAUCAGGGCGAGUGUGAUUUUCUUGAAGAUCAUCUUUGCAACCGGUGUGCUUUCCAUCCCGUCUCUGAUGUACGAACUGGGCGCUUUUCCUGGUGCCGUCAAUGUCGUGGGCUGGACUCUUCUGAACACCUACUGCGCCAUCUUGCAGGGCAACUUUCGCAAUCGCUAUCCAGGAUGCCAUUCCAUCGCCGAUAUGGCACAAGUUGUUGGUGGACCGAUUUUGAAAGAGAUCGUUGGCUUCUUGUUCACCGUCAGCUAUGUGAUUGUUGCUGCAUCCGGCAUCAUUGGUGUCUCAACUGCAUUGAAUGCAUUGUCGCUGCACUCCGUCUGCACCGUCUGGUUCUCUUUUAUUGCCACUAUUAUCAUCGCUAUGUGUGCGAGCGUGCGCAAGUUCUCUCACAUCGGCUGGCUCACUUGGGUUGGGUUUGCCAGUGUUUAUGUUGCUGUUUUCAUUAUUGUGAUCGGUGUAACCACAAGAGAUCGCCCAGCUGCAGCACCCCAGACAGGCGAUUUCGAACUUGGGUUCCGGGCAAUCGGUAACCCCAGUUUCACGACUGGAAUCACAGCUGCGGCCACAAUCUUCGUGUCGAGUGCCGCGACCUCUGCUUUCCUCCCUGUCAUCUCAGAGAUGCGCAAGCCAAAAGACUAUCCCAAGGCGGUCUAUAUGAGCAUGAGCCUGGUGACUGCAUCCUACCUGACCUUCAGCCUGGUGAUCUAUGCCUGGUGCGGCAAGUGGAUUGCAUCCCCAUCUCUCGGAAGCGCAGGCGGCACCAUCAAGCGGGUGGCCUAUGGCAUUGCGCUACCAGGUCUGAUCAUAAGCGGUUGCCUGUACGUGCACGUCGCAGCCAAGUACCUGUUUGUGCGGAUCCUGCGUAAAUCGCGUCAUCUGCAGGCGAACACCGUAGUGCACUGGGGGACUUGGCUUGGGUGCACCAUUGGCAUGUCUGCCAUUUCCUUUAUUCUGGCUUGCGCCAUCCCCAUUUUCAACUACGUAUUGGCCCUAGUGGGCGCUCUUUGCUUUGCGCCACUGGCAAUCUGCCUACCCGGCUGGUUAUGGCUCUACAGCCAUGGGCAUUAUCUGAAGGGAAAUGUAUUCCGCAAAGCUGUAUGGGGAUUGCAUAUCUUGUUGAUCCUAUUGGGAGUGUUCAUGACAGUCGGGGGAACAUACGGUGUAAUCGUCCAGAUCAACGAUGCAUACCGCGAUGGGCAGAUUUCAUCGGCAUUUUCAUGUGCUGAUAACAGCGGAUCGACCUAG